CAGGGUAUUUAAUCUCAACGCCUGACUGACGUCUCUCUUUAAGGGUCCGAGUGUGAGAGAAGUAACAGAGGGCUAAGUUUUGACAGACCACUGUCUACAUUAACUUAGCCAAAUACAUUUGUCUCCUUCAACAUAAGGGCAAGAUGGUUGACCUGAAAGCUGUAUUAGCUGUGACUGUAUUGACAGUCUUGAUUACGUCAGACAGGACAGCAGCACAUCCACCUUUCUUUCGUCCAUUUGGCUAUCCUCUUCCCCCUCCACAUGUUCCCCUUCCCCCAGUUCGCCUCACAGUUCAUGCUCCAGUCUCAGGUGCACAAAUCCAACACUCCAGAGGUAACAUCAUCAGGCCCCUUAUAAAUCCUGGCUUUGUCCCUGUAGCCCCUGUGGAUCCCUACGACAAAUACAUCGUCACUGAUCAGGAUUAUUAUGCCAUAGGCGGGAACGUCGGCGGUCAAAUCAUUGCUUUUCCCAACGACAUUGACCCUGGCUACGUCAAGUAUGACAAACCGGAUGUUGAUUUCAUUAGAGUUGCUCCUGGACCUUACUAAAUGAAACGAAUUUGUUGAUUGGAUGCGGGCGUCCAACUGUACAAAUACAAUUGAUGAACUGAGAGGAACAUCUACACGAGAAAACAACCGGAAGUGAUGUAACAGACGACAAGAGGCUGUAGCAGACGAGAGUCAAUUUACCGCCUUCAUCAUUUUUAUUGUUUUUGGCAUAGAUUCAACACCACCCAUCACUACUAGAGCAUACGUUUUGAUUUAGAUAUACUCGGAAUUGACGUUUCGAUGUUUUUAUUUGUUUUAAAUUCGUUUCGCCUUUUAAAUACCGGCGAUAAAAUAAUUUAAAUUCAUGUUGCAUGACUUUGCGGGGGAGAGGGGGGGGUUGGCCAUCUGUUUUGUCCAACUGGGUCAUUUCAUUUGAAUAAAUAGUAAUAAAGGACCUACUUUUUAUAUCA